UUUCAUUUGAAUAUGAAUUUUCAUUUAAAAUAUAUCGUAGUUCUUGUUUGCGAAACGGUAUAGAAGAGAUACAAUAAAAUAAAAAUUAAAUUAAAAAAAAUGUCUGAACAAGAGAACAGUGAAAGAAUAAGGCUUUUACAACCUCAACAACCGGAAUAUGUUUUUGGGUCGAGUUUGUCAAGAAAAAGACGAAUUCGACAGUUUCAGUGUUGCGUAUGCUCAAUUCUAACAAUAGUUUUUUUGGCAGGGCUAGUCAUAACUGUAUCCUACACAAUCAAUUUGCCAUUAGAUGAUGCGACGAAUAACACUGAAAUUAAUAAUGAAACUUUACCAGACGAUAUGUUUUUGAAUCUUUUCGAUAAUAUCUCAUGGCCAUUGGCAGAUCGUUCAAUAACAAGGCAUUUUGAUAGGUCUACUAACUUGAGUCAUGCCAUGACACAAGGAAAGAUAUUAUUGGAAGAAAAAGAUGCAAUUGAAAAUAAUACACCAUCAUUAAAAAUUGAUAGUCCCAGUUAUAGACAUCAAAAAGUUUUAGGUACAAAUGAAAAAGCUAGAAAUAUUUCUAGGCAAGGUUAUCAGAUGGAAGGAGCUACACAGUUUAUCUAUAAGAACAGUAACAGUAUUGAGAAGCUUCCUAUUUGUUUUACAAACUUUACGGACAGUUUUUUAAUAGAAUUGUGUACUAACUCUACAUUUGAAUGUAACACAUUUCAUAAAUAUCGAUCAUACAAUGGAACCUGUAAUAAUUUGAAAAGACCUGUUACUUUUGGGGUUGCUUAUAGACCAUUUAUCAGGGCUGUUAAACCUGACUAUGCCGAUGGCAUAAGUGCGCCCAGAAUAUCCAAAAACGGAGGGCCUUUACCAACAGCUAGAGCAAUAAGUCUAGAAGUUCACAGGCCAUCUUACAGAGACGACUCAAAAUUUUCAGUAAUGCUGGCAGUUUGGGGCCAAUUUUUGGAUCACGAUAUAACUGCUACAGCUUUAAGUCAAAAACAAAAUGGCAGUAGCAUUUCCUGUUGUCAAAGCCAAGGAAUUUUAUCACCCGAAUGUUUUCCUGUACUCAUAGAAAAAGAUGACCCUUUUGCUCAGUAUAACGUCACUUGUAUGGAGUUUGUUAGAUCGGCUCCUUGCCCGACAUGUUGUUUGGGCCCUAGAGAACAAAUGAACCAAGCUUCAGCAUUUAUAGAUGGAUCAGUAAUCUAUGGAAAUGAUGAAAGUAAGGUUGUUUCCCUAAGAACCACGUCCAAAGGCUUGCUGAAGAUGUUUGUAACUGAUGAUGGUAGGACUUUGUUACCUAUGUCUGAUGAUAUGAGUGAUGGUUGUAACAGGGAAGAGGAAAAACGCAAAGGAAGAUAUUGUUUCUCUACAGGCGAUUUGAGGGCCAAUGAGAACCUACAUCUUACCAGUAUGCAUCUAAUAUGGGCCAGACAACAUAAUCUAAUAGCAAAUAAUAUUCUCCAAAUAAAUUCCCAUUGGGAUGAUGAAAUGGUAUUCCAAGAAACUAGAAAAAUUGUGGCGGCUCAAAUGCAGCAUAUUACUUAUAACGAGUUCUUACCCAUCCUUUUAGGAAAAAAAUUAAUGGAAAAGCACGACUUGCUUCCCAAAUCCAAGGAUUACUUUAAUAAGUACAAUGAAAGUGUCGAUCCAAGUAUCGCCAAUGAGUUUGCUACUGCAGCAUUUCGAUUUGCUCACACUAUUAUUCCAGGUUUAGUUAAAUUGCUAGGCCAAGACACAUCAAGCCCGGAAUUUAUACAAAUGCGUCAAAUGCUUUUUGAUCCUUUCAAAUUAUACCAAAAAGGACAACUAGAUGGAACUCUAAAAGGAGCUAUGAAUACCAGUAUCGAUGCUUCAGAUAGUUAUUUUUCCGAUGAACUAAAAUCACAUUUAUUUGAAAGACCUACAAAUGCUUUACCCAAGCUUUGUGGUUUGGAUUUGGUUUCUCUUAAUAUACAAAGAGGUCGUGAUCAUGGAUUAGCUGGUUACGUGUUCUGGAAAGAUCAUUGUGGCAUGAAUGGUACUAAGGCAUUCGAUGGCCUUAGUGGCAUAAUGGAACCGUCGUCCUUGAAAGAUAUUAAAGCUAUAUACAGAGAAGUCGACGAUAUUGAUUUAUACACUGGCGCCCUCAGUGAAAAACCAAUAAAAGGAAGCAUCCUUGGUCCAACCCUAACAUGUCUAAUAUUAGACCAAUUUACAAGAAUAAAAUAUGGUGAUAGGUUUUGGUAUGAAAACCCUCACAUAUUUACUUUGGAUCAAUUGAAAGAAAUUCGGAAAACAACUUUGGCAGAGGUCAUUUGUAACAACGCUGAUGAAUUAAACACAAUUCAGCCACGUGUUAUGGAAGGAUUUCGGAAAGGAAAUCAAAAUAUUCAAUGUGAAAAAAUUGCUUCUCCUGAUUUGUCAUUUUGGAAGGAAAAUUUCAAACAUUUAGGUAUCCCUUCACAGCAACUGAGUGUUGAUAUUAUUAAUUAAUUGUAUUAAUUAUGUUAUGUAUAUUUAGAUUUAUUGGCACCAUUCAAAAAAAAAGUAUUUUGUCAUAGAGAU